UAAACGUCAAUCAUCUGAUUUAUUUAAUAUAACAUUUGAUUUAAAUAUAAUUAGUAAUAAAGCUUGUUCAACAACAUCAUGUUUAAAUGAAUUUCAAUCUCAUGCUGUUAAUUUAUUAACAAAUUCAAAUAAGACAAUAUUUCGAGUUUCUUAUGAACUAUUGAAUUCAACACAAAUCUAUUGGUAUUAUUAUCAAUUACCACAACAAAUACAAUCGAAUGCAUCACUUGUAUAUAUUGAUCUUAAUACAAUAUCAUCUUUAUUAGAUACAUUAAUAUUACUAGAUAAAACUCAAAAUCAAUUAUCUAUUGAAAGUUCAACAAAAAAUUUAAUUAGUUAA